CAGAUGGUCUUCAACGUAGUUUAUCCCAUGGCUCCAGACCAGAGGCGCCAUGUCAGCAUCAACUCGGCUCGCUGGCUGCCGGAUCCUGGGAUGGGUCUGGCUUAUGGAACAAAUAAGGGAGACUUGGUGAUCUGCCGACCAGUGUUCUAUCGCAGCGAUGGUGAGGGUCCCGGAGAGUCGAGCAGUGAACCUUUAUUCUCUGUCAACAACAGUGGAACGAGCAGAACCCGAGGCUCUGACAGACCGGGGCCUAAUCGUUCUGGCUGGAGGCUGGACAGAGACAUGGGUUUGAUGAACGCGAUUGGUCUUCAGCCCCGACAUCCCACGCCAUCAGUGACAUCACAAGGAACCCAGACGCCAAUCGUCCAGCUGCAGAACGCUGAGACACAAACAGAGAGGGACCUAUCAGAGCCCAGCGUCUCCCAGCCACCACCUAAUGCCUCAGCAGAGACUCCCUCCACAAGUGGAGCGUCCCAGCAGCAGCAGCAGGAGGCGUCUCAGAGCAGCAGCGUUCCGGACGACGUCCAGACUGAAGCUUCAUCCGAUGCCAACGCGUCCACAGCUGCUGAUUCCCCAGAGUUCGGUUCAGGUGAAGACGCUCUGGCUCGAAUCCGCCGGCUGAUUGCAGAAGGUGGUAUGACGGCGGUGGUCCAGCGGGAGCAGAGCACCACCAUGGCCUCCAUGGGUGGCUUUGGAAACAAUAUCAUUGUCAGCCAUCGAAUCCACCGCAGCUCCCAGACAGGCACCGGGGCCUCCAGACCUCAAGCCGAGCCCACCCUUACGGCCCCUUCCUCCUCCUCAGGACCUCUCCUCAUCACACAGAACCAGUCUUACCUUCCUCCCCAAGCCUCCGCCCCAUCUGAACAACUGGCUCCCAUGUGGGGCCCCCAGGUGCUGUCUGGCCCCCAGCCCUCCGGCCUCUCUCUAGCUGUAGACAUGGACGAUGUAUUUGACGGAGGACGAGCGGACGACAACUCCCUGCCGGGUCCUUCCUCUUCCUCGCUGCUGCUGACUUCCCCUUCUUCGUCCUCCUCCUCCACCUCUCACAGUCCCCUGCCCAGCGGUGGCGGGGGGUGUGGCCCCAAUAGUUACCCAGGUGACCCGUACAGCAGGUAGUUCUCCUAUUGGCCAAGAGAAGCAGAGCGUUGGUUGAUGGAUUUCGUUAAUGGCGCUCCUCAAAGCCUUAUCUCACAAAGAAAAGGGUGCUGCUUCGACUCUGCACAGGGUCUCCCGCCUGAAAAAGAAAGGGGUCUCCCGCCUGGAAAAGAAGGGACACAAGAACCCCACCUCACCCAAAACCCGCCACGGCGUUGGCGUGCACUUAGAAAAACUGGACUGAAGCUGAACCGCGACCAUUCCUCGUCAGAAAGGGCUCCUACUUGAACAGUUAGCGCUGAGCUCCUCUCUGCUUGUUUGUUUAAAGUGUCAGCGCGACGGGAGAAAAGGUUCCUGUGUCAAAGUGCCGUGGGGGGGGGGGGGGUCUUUCUUUUACACAUUUACUCCGAUGUGCUGCAUAGUAGUAAAUAUAAAUGCGUGAUUGAAGUGUUAACAGUGAAUUCAGCACUACUUUAUCUUGAAGCCUGUUUUGUACCGUGUGUAAUCAUGAUGUGUCGGAGGCGGGACUCUGCUCCUCGGACGUCACUGAUCAAUCACACAAUCCAUCAAUCAUCAAUGACUGACACCUGGGACUCAGAGACCUGAAGCUACCGGACGUCUGUUCAACGACGCUGCAGUUUAUCAAAUACAUAGGUUGUUUUUUCAAAAGGCUGAAGAGGAGAAGGAACCCCCACCCCUCCCCUCCCCUCCCCCCUCAAUACCUACCAGCCAAGUUAAAUGCACUAUAGGUGCGUGUGUGUUUGUGUGUCAGUGCUUUUCACACAUCUUUAAAAAAUAAUUUUACUUCAAAAUUAUGGUUUCUGCAAAACUUUCUGGAACUCGAAAUCACUGCAUUCGUCCUGGCUCCUGAUUGGCUGUCUCAUCUUUACCGUAGACUGUAAAUAAAGAUGACAGCGAUUCUUCACUUCCACAGAAAUGAAGCUAAAGUCACUCACGAACCUCUGUGUGAUGGUGGGCUGGAGCUUUGGUCCCGUCCAUACACGCUCUCGACCAAUCAGAGUCAGCUGUCAAUCAUGACGUCUCAGCCUGUUUUCAUUUCAUCAAAUAACAAAACCUGAAAAGACAGAAACCAACAUGGAGGAGGUCUAUAACCUUUACUGCAGCCAGCCACCAGGGGGUGGUCCAGAUGAUUUGGCUUCAGUUUUGGGAGCUGUCAUGUCGUCCGUCUGUAGUUGCAGUAUGUGGUUGUUUCUGGUGGGGUUGUAUCGCCACCUGUUGGUUUGAUGUGCUCUCUGCAGUUGUUCACAGCUCAUUUUUAAUGUUUGACACCAGUGAACGUGUGGACGCUGGCGUAAUGUGAACGUUAUGUUUCAUUCUUUUCUUCUCAGCACGAGAUGAAAACACAUUUAUUUAAAUCAACAGUAGAAAUAUAUAAAAACCACGAUGACGUUCGACAUGAACGUGACGCUGAAGUGAUUCUCAUCAGACCAGCGGCUGUCUGGGUCAAUGGGGAACAGCUUCUGUGAUCACAUGUCACAUGUUUGAUUCCCGUCACGUUUGAUUCCUUGUGUUCGCGUGUCUGGUAAAAACAUGAAGCUACGGAGGAUCUGAUCUGUUUGGAUUAGAGCAGCCAAUGAAUGUGCGUCACUCCUUCUUUUGCAGAGUCGACAAUAACAAGCUGUAGAAAUUCUGAUGUCAGUUUAAUAACGAGAUAAACCAGAGAACCUGAAUUUAAAAAACCUCCCACUCACAUAAAGUUUCAGAUAAAAACACGAACAAGAGGAAGUGGGCACUAAUUUCAGCAGCGGAUUGAUUCGUAUGUUCUGCAGUCGUGAGUCACUGUUUGCACAGGCAGGAGACACGUGCACGAUCCCUCUGUGACUCAGCUGUCGUCGUCCACCACAGGAAACUUCUUCUGUAACGUGAAGCGUCAGAACGUCACCUGUUCCUUACGUUCUACGUUCUGCUGCUGAGUUUUAGAACGAGAACAUUGGUGUCAAACGUUACUCAGAAGGUGACGGCGUCACGUCAUUGUGCUUACGCUCAGUUGUCUCAGAGGUCGUCUGACACUGAGUCCAGAUCAGCUCAGGACAGCCAUGAUGUCACUUCCUGUAUUGGCUCGUCAGCAGCCGUAGUUAAACUUGAACAAUAAUUAUUCAGGUUCAUUUCCUGUCUUUAAACCAGAGUUCGGUCUUUCAGUUUGAGAUCAGGACGUUCAGAAGCUUUCACUCUAAAACCUUCGCUCACACUCGGACGGACUCGGACAUGUUGCUCAACUUUUAUUGGUUUUGGAUGAAAACACGUCUGAACGUCUCAAUCUGAAAAUCCAAGCAAGAAAGAAAAACAACAUCACGCUCAACUUGGUUUUAAUCUGCUGUUCCACUGUGGCCUUAUGGGAAAUGAUAAAGGUCAAACAUGGCUGCGCUGCUUAUUCCUGGUGAUAAUUUACUGAACGUUACUAAAAACAUUUCGUCGACCUUUUUAACUUUCUGUCGGUGAACAGGCCUCUGCCCCCCCCCAACCCCGCCCCUCUGCAUGCAGAAAAAACUUGAAUUUGAUCAACUCAACUUUUCCUCUUCAGCCUGAGAGACUGUACAGACGCUAUUUUUUACUUUGUAUUCUUACUCCACGUCACACGGCGCAGUGUAGACGCUGAUGUGCUGCUCGUGUUGUGUAUGUGUGUGUGAGGGGGGGUGAUGGACCUAUGAAGAGGAAGGAGAGCUCUGAUUGGAGCAGAGACACUGUGGGAUUCAAGGGGUCGUUUACGUGAGAUUUUUUUAUUGAACCUUUAUUUCCUGCAGGUGAGUCCAGGUGAGAUCAGAGAUCUCGUUUCCAGGGCGACCUGCGGAGGAAGCGGCUGCAUGUGACGAGCAGGUGACACAGAAACAACUGAUCUGAAUGAUCCUGAAUUUACUUGAUCAAUGAACCUUUUAAAAA